AUGCACGAUCGGAUGCCGGAUGAUACCUACCGGAGACAAGUCCUUGCUGAGCUGCGAGAGAAAUCUAGCCAGCAUACGUCAUCGCAAGACUCCCACGGCAAGGGAACCGACGAACUUAUCUACAAGUUGCUAGAGAAGGCCGAGCAGCCGAACGCAGACAGUAGCAAGGGCAUAGUUGAGGCGCUGUUUUGCACCGGCGAUGAAGCGGCAAGCCUGGCUGAGUCCGGGUCUCCUCACGACGCCCCGAUAAUUACGGAAGGCCAACAGCAAUUCAGAUGGAGCAAGGGCGACAGACCCAUUGCUCAACUUUUCCGGCGAAUGGGCUUCCUUGACAAGUCGGUGUCCGUACAGAUACCGUCUCGCAGUUCCACUGCACAGUCAUAUGAAGUCCGGAAACUCAGUGAAGUCCGGAAGCGGUUCCUUGCCCAAGACGACACCAACGACCCGUGGAACAUUCUCGAUAUGCAGAACCCUGUGCCGCAGCCCAUACCGAGCCCCUUAACGGGCGAGAACUGUCAGCUUCUCCCUCAAGUCCGCAAUGCGGUGCUGAUGGAGGAUAGCGCCGAAAUGGUAGUAGCAUCAACGCAGGAGUGGAACGAGUGGAAAAACGUUCUCGACUGGGUCCUGUUGUCGGAAGGGGGCCACAACACGGCGCCGCACAUGGACAGUCACGGCUUUGCUACGUGGAUCACUGCCCAAGAAGGGUCGAUCGGGUUCGGCUGGAUGUCUUGUCCGACGGAGGAGGAGCGAAAUUCGUGGACGGCUGACCCCCACCACUUUACAGGUGGCCGCUGGAGAUAUAUUGUCCUCAAGCCCGGCCAGUCUGUCUUCUUCAUGCCGGGGACGAUUCACUGUGUGUUCCGGGUGCGCCAGCAUCAAACGCUGGCGCUUGGUGGCCACGUCCUUCAGUGGUCAGACAUCAGGCGCUGGAUGCAAGUCGUGCUUGCUCAGAUAAAGAACUCGGCCAUUACCAACGAAGACAUGAGGCGGAGCGCGCCGAAAUACGUCCUCGCUGUGGCGAAGCUCGUCAAAGCUAGAGUGGAGGAAGGCGAGGUGGAGCAGCUCGGUGGUGAAGCUGCGGUUACGCAGUUCUUCGCAUCUGUGAAGGAAUUCGAAGAGAGACCAAGGCGCCGCCUGCCUGGUUGGUAG